GCCCGAUGGUGCGGGAGGUCAUCACUGUGCAGGUCGGGCAGUGCGGCAACCAGGUCGGCUCCCGCUUCUGGGACCUCGCGCUGCGCGAGCACGCCGCGUGGUCGAGCGGCAUCGCGGCGUACGACGAGCCGAUGUCCACCUUCUUCAGGCACGUCGACGCGAGGAGCGGAGCACCCCUUGCGCUCGGCGACGGCACUGUGCCGAUCUCGAGCCUGCGCGCGCGCGCCGUCAUGGUCGACACCGAGGAGGGCGUCGUCUCGCAGGUCCUCCGCUCGCCACUCGCAGAGCUCUUUGACCGCUCGCAGGUCCUCGCCGACGUCUCUGGAGCGGGCAACAACUGGGCGCACGGGCACGAGCAUUACGGUCCGCUGCACCGCGACGGGCUGCUCGAGCGCGUCCGCCGCGCCGCGUCGCACUGCGACUCCCUCCAGGCCUUCUCCCUGCUCCACUCCAUGGGCGGAGGCACAGGCUCGGGGCUGGGCUCGUACGUGCUGGAGGCGCUCGCCGACGAGUACCCGAGGACCAUCCGCUUCGCGACCGCGGUCUUCCCCUCGGAGAGCGACGACGUCGUCACGUCGCCGUACAACACUGUGCUCGCCGCCGCCGAGCUGGCCGAGCACGCCACGGUGGCGAUGCCGCUGCAGAACGCUGCCCUCGCAGCCAUGGUGGACCAUGCGGAAGGCGGCGCCACGCCGCAUGCGGCUUCCGGCGGCGACGGGCGCGGCGGCGGCAGCGGCGGCAGAGGAGGCGGCGGCGGCGGCGGCGGCGGCGGAGGCGGCGGCGGAGGGUCGCGGCGAGAGUCGCUGGCGAGCAACGGGCCUGCGUCGCGCGCGCGCGCCUUUGACGGCAUGAACAACCUCGUGGCGCACAUGCUGACCUCGCUCACCGCCUCGGUCUCUGCGCCGCGCCGCCCUGGCCUGCUGGCCCGCUUCGACAAGCUCUACUCGCGCCGCGCCCACCUGCACCACUUCACCCAGUACAUGGACGCCGCCCGGAUCGACGAGGCGCGCGACGCCCUCGCCGCGCUCGCCGCCGAGUACGGCGAGCUCCACGGCCAGCCGCCGCCGCCCGAGGCGGAGGCGCUCAUGGAGCAGCUCGUGCCGCCGCCGGCCGGCUGGGGGUGGGAGGCGGGCGCGAGGAGGAGGUCACUCGGCGGGUUGAGGUGACACCCGGGUGCCCGCAUGACAUUUUGUGCGUGUGCGAAUACGGAAUAGCAUCGGCAGUAUAUUCU